CAGUCAGAGAGAAAGGGAGUGAGGAAAAGGGAAGUGGUGCUCUGUCUGCAGAGCAGUACAGGACCAUGCUGUCAGGCAGCUUUCUCAUCUGGAUUGGGGCACUGCUUCUGGGACUUGAAGCUUUGCUGAUCAGGGCAUCUGACUUCCAGCAUCAUGGAUACGAGGAGAUGGUUAGGGCUCUUUUUGCUGUCCAAAGCGAAUGCCCUUACAUCACCCGCAUCUACAGCAUUGGUCGAAGUGUGGAAGGACGGCACCUAUAUGUUCUGGAGUUCAGUGAUAAUCCUGGCAUCCAUGAAGCAUUGGAGCCAGAGUUCAAGUACGUAGGGAACAUGCACGGCAACGAGGUUCUCGGCAGGGAGCUGCUCGUCUACUUAUCUCAGUUCCUGUGCGAGGAAUACCGAGCAGGAAACGAGCGAAUCACAAGCCUCAUCCACAACACACGGAUCCACAUCCUCCCUUCGAUGAACCCGGAUGGAUAUGAGGUGGCAGCCAGGCAGGGUCCAGAGUUCAAUGGAUACUUGGUGGGCCGUGGAAACUCAAAGGAGGUGGACCUGAACCGCAACUUCCCAGACCUGAAUGCUCUUGUGUACUACUAUGAGAAGCACAAUGGCCAAAACCACCACCUGCCGCUGCCAGACAACUGGGAACUACAGGUUGAGCCAGAGACUUUAGCAGUGAUCAAAUGGAUGCAGAAUUAUAACUUUAUUCUGUCAGCUAACCUUCACGGUGGAGCUGUUGUUGCCAACUACCCCUUCGAUAAGUCUCGUGAGCCCCGUAUAAGAGGCAAGACCACAUACUCGGCCACCGCUGAUGACAAAAUAUUCCGAAAGUUGGCAAAGACAUACUCCUAUGCCCACAGCUGGAUGCAUAAGGGCUGGAACUGUGGGGAUUACUUUGAUGAAGGCAUCACAAAUGGAGCCAGCUGGUACUCCUUGUCUAAGGGUAUGCAGGACUUCAACUACCUCUACACUAACUGUUUUGAGAUCACUCUGGAGCUCAGCUGUGAUAAGUUCCCUCCAGCUACAGCACUCGCCAAUGAGUGGCUGGCCAACAGGGAGGCUCUGGUGUCCUACAUGGAGCAGGUUCACCAUGGGAUUAAAGGUAUGGUCUAUGAUGAGAAUAACAACCCAAUCAACAAUGCAGAGAUCUCUGUGGCAGGCAUAAACCAUGACAUAACCAGCGGGGUGGAUGGGGACUACUUCCGUCUGCUCUUGCCCGGGACCUACACAGUGACUGCGUCUGCAACAGGGUACCAGCCCUUUACCAGCACAGUGACAGUGGGACCAGCUGAAGCUGUACAGUUACAUUUCUAUUUGAAAGUUCAACCAAAAGUCACAAACUUGAAUGUGAAAGCUCAUACCAACAAGAAAGGCCCAUCAACGGCUAAGGUUCCUCUCACCAACCUUGGACCAAGAUAAAGAGCACAGACUAUUCUCUAAACAUAGACAAAAAUCUGUCUCUGUUUUUAUUUAAACUGGAGUAAAAUAAAGGGAAACAUGGACACUCACUGUGAUGAACCUCACCUUUCUAUUUCUGUAGUUUCUCAGUUGUUUAUAUAGAUGCAUAAAAGUGUGUUUUUCAUUGAGAAAUCCAUAUUUUGCUCUCAUGUUUUUGUAGAGCUUAAAUAUAUAUAAGGUAUGUGUCUUAUAAUGAUGAAUAAAAAGAACAGAAAAAAGUAUUAGCUAAAACAAAAUAUUACUUUUAUGAGGAAUUAGUCAUAGACUAAUGGAGACAUGUAGAAGGCAUGUUACUGGAUACUGCAAAUGAUGAUAAGCUUCAAUAUUAUAAGAAUUCAUUUUUAGAUCAAUUAUCUCAUGCAGUAUGUGGAUGAUAUUAAUAAUAAUACAAAUAAACAUUUUAUCGUUAAAAAACAAA